GUUCAGACAAGGACUUGGAUUUAGAUUCUGAUGAACCAGCAAAAUCUACUAUUCCUGCUAAGAGGCCUCUGACAACAGAGAAAAAGAGUGAACAUUAUUUGCAGUCCAAGGAUGAUUCUGAUGAUAGUUCUGAUGAGAGUGAUGAAGAGCGUGCACUAAAGAAGCCUAAGGAUUCAUCUUCCAAGAAAGAAAGUCAUGGUGAUGAUGACAGUUCUGAAGAAGCUCCCGCCGUGAUGAUGAAAAUGAUCAAUCGGUGUCAAUGGCAAAGUCCAAGCAGAAUGAAGAACGAAGAUCUGAAUCACCAUCACCCCUCUAGAGAAAUCAGUUUACUCAUUCAAGUUCUGGAAAUUCUUUAUAGCUUUCUGAGUUUACUUUGUCUUGCAUGUGUUAGCUUUCUGUUUGUGCCCCUUUCUAUGUCUGUUUCUUGUGUGCAAGCGCUCCAUUCUCUGUGUGUGACUGUGUGUCUUUUUUGCGUGUGUUGCUUGACUCUGUGUGUGUGUGGCUUGACUGUGUGUGACUUGAGGGCGAAUAUGUGUGUGGCUUGACUGUGUGUGUGUGCUUGACUCUCUGUGUGUGACUCUCUGUGUGUGUGUGUGUGUGUGACUGUGUGAAUAUUGCAUUUGCUUGAUGGUGUGGUUUGUAUGCUUUGUUGA